GUGUGGUCCACCACAGGUCAGCACAGAGACACACAACCAUGCACUCAAUCCUAAGGGCAAUUUAGAGAGCGCAAUUAACCUAACCGUCAUAUUUUUGGCCUGUGGGACAAAGUUGGAGCAUCCAAAGAGAUGGUCAGCAGCUCCAGGCUUGUACAAGGAGGACAUUGAAACUGCACGCAGAAAGACCCCAGCCUGGGAUUCUCAAUGCAAGGAAACAGUGCAGGUAACCCUUGAAGGAAACACUGAUACCAGCUGCGCCACAAUGCAGCCUAUUAAAGUUUGACUUUAAAUAAAACUCACAGGACUGACAUCUGCUGUCUUAACAUGGUACUGCAACAAACAACAGCAGGCUUGACUCUUAACUAUAAUAUAAUAAUAAUAAUAAUACAAUGUAUUUAUUUAUUAUCCCGACAUACAAACACAAAUUAAGAUCAAAUACUGGAUUUAGAAAAUGUUAAAUAUAAAGAACAACAUGCAACAAAAUGUUUUAAACUGUUUUGAAAACGGUGUUUUGGACAGUUGUACUCCCUCUCUGAUUGGAUGGUUUGAGUGGUCACCACUUCACUCAUGACUGGACUGAGUGUUUGGUUCUGUGUCCUGCGAUAGCCCCGCCCCUCACCGAACAGGAUUUAAUGGACCCAGUUGUUGGAUGGAUGUGGGUCAGGAAAUUGGAUUCUCUGUUCCGUUUCAACUCAGCUCCCCUUUAACCGGUCUGGAUCUCAGGCCGGAUAAAGUGUCCAACUGAGGUGUUCAAGGCUUCAUAAACUGGUGCUCUGGGGUCUAACUUGUUCAGAGGAGAAGAACUUUAGGAUCUGUUUCAAGCCAAAGGUCAGAACUGUGGAAGAUCUGGAUUAAUGAGGGUUAGAAACUAAAAGCAGCUCUCAGCUCUUCUGAUCAUCUACUGAAGGGUCCUCGUAUGAGUUUCUGCUUAAGACAGAAAGAAUCAUUGUGGGUUACUGAGAAGAAAACUGGUUAAAAAAACAGAAGUUCUGAACGCGGAGGAGGUUCAGUUCCUGAGGCCAUCCAAAGAAACAAGAUGGAUUAGAAAAACACAGCGGCAGUUGGAGAUAAUGGAAGCGAGUCAGGAAGAUCUGGGGCAGAGAAACUGCUACGGGAGGGAUUAAAGAUGGAGCUGUCUUUAACAGGAGGAGAAGAAGACAGACCAGAGACGGGUCAUGAAUGAAGUGAUGGAGGAUCUGCAGAUGGUUGGGGUGAUGGAAAAAGGUUAAUCUGUGUAGACUUCUGAAGAAAGCAACUAAAAGAAAAGAAGGAGAAUUUCUGAGCCGUCCCUGAAGGCCUCAGCGUGAUCGUCAUUGGGUUUAGCUCUCGCGGGAUUACGCCGCCCCUGUCAUUGUGGAUGAGCGGCUGUGGGCUGAGAUCUCGCGGUGUUUUGCUGCUGACGGAGGGCAGCGGAGAUGUUUGGAGUUUUUUAAUAUAAAAUUAUUUAUUUAAAUAAAAAUGGCCGCCGUGGAGCGCGGAGCAGACAGACUGGAGGAGGGACAAGAAAGGGAAGAGGGAGACCCCCAACCCUCAACCAGACAAAGAGACAGGUCACACAGUAAGACAAAGAAGCCUCGCAGGGAGCGUCGCCAUGGUGACCAGGGGGCCGAGACGGUGGUCUCAACCACACCUCCAGCAGCCAGUAAACAGCCACAGGCGUUAGAGCCAGUGGCAGGACCCUCAGAGCAAGGGUCAGAGUCUGUGGCUGGCAGUGAAUCUGCAGGAUCUUCCAGGCAACGGCGCUCCAUCAUUCGAGACCGGGGGCCAUUGUAUGAUGACCCCUCCCUGCCCGAAGGCUGGACCCGCAAACUGAAACAGAGGAAAUCUGGACGCUCUGCAGGGAAGUUUGAUGUCUACCUGAUCAACUCAGAGGGAAAGGCCUUUCGUUCAAAGGUGGAACUCAUCGCCUAUUUUGAGAAGAUUGGCGACACAAAGACUGAUCCCAAUGAUUUUGAUUUUACUGUUACUGGGCGUGGAAGCCCAUCCCGUCGUGAAAAGCGUCCUCCCAAAAAACCGAAAGUGGUGAAACCAUCGGGACGAGGACGAGGGCGGCCUAAAGGGAGUGGAAAAAUGCGUCAGGCCACUGAGGGAGUGGCUAUGAAGCGAGUGGUGGAGAAAACUCCAGGGAAACUCCUGGUUAAAAUGCCUUUUGGCAAGGCCGAGUCCUCUCCUGGAACUGCAUUAAAGGGGGUGUCUCCUACUGCACUGCCCAAAUCGCGUCCAGGCAGAAAGAGAAAAUCAGAACAGGAACUUCCACCUACACCUCAUACUGCUCCCAAAAAACGAGGAAGAAAACCAGGAUCAACCUCUGCAGCAUCAUCAGUCACAGCUGCUGCCAUGUCCUCAUCCACAGUCUCUGUUAGCUCAACAGCUGGAAGCUACACUGCAGCUGCCAUCUUGGCUGCUGAAGCCAAACGGAAAGCUGCUAAAGAGUCUUCCACUAAACACUUAGUCCAGGAAACAGCCUUGCCAAUCAAAAAACGCAAAACAAGAGAAACUGUGGAAGAGAUGGAGAGUGUUCAGGCUCCUUUGGUUACAACUGCUGAGACUGGAAGCACCAGUGCUGCAGAGGGGGGAGGUCCAAGCUCAGACCUAAAGCCCACAUCCUCUGUAGGAAGCCAAUCAGAGAAGCAACCUUCUGCUUCAGAUGAAAGCCAAUCCCAUGGACAAAAGACACAUAAGGGCCAGAAGCACAAGGAAAGAAAAGAAACUGGAGAUGGAGGAAGCAAAGGCAAGGAUGUUGGUGAAGAUGAGGGUGGGGGUGGAAGGAGUAGCAGCAGCAGUAGCAUCAUAGUUUCAAAAAGCCACAAAAGGAAGGAACGACAACCUCAUAAACACCAUCAUCACCAUCACCACCAUCAUCAUCGCCACCAACAGCCAUCUGGUUCACCAUUAGAUCACCCGCCUCCUCCUCUUGCAGUUUCUGAACCACCUUCCAGUCAACCCAGGCCUGAAAUUGAACCCCAGACUGUGCCUCAUCUAAUCCCUGAACAAAAGGCGCCUCCCAAACCACACCAAAAGUCUGUGCCUCAGCCCACUCCUGAAUCUCUGCAACCUGUCCCUCAGCCACACCACCAGCCCCAUUCCUGUCCUCAUACCCUGUUACCCAGUCCAUCCCAAGCCCAUAGUGUGCAAGUACCCCAGUCUUCCCCCGCCAGACACUUACUGCCUGAACCACGGCCACAGCAACCCCCUGUCCAAACCCUCAGUCAGUCAUUGUCCACCAACCAGACAGCCCAGUCACAUCCUACACUCUCCACACCGCAGCACCGAAGCCAGCAUCAGACUUUGCAUGCUUCACCUCAGUCUCUACCUGUUCUGCAUUCUCAUCCAUCUCAAACCAGACAUCCACAAUCACAGGCCCAGUCCCCCACCGCACUCCAGCCUCAAAUCCAGCCUAGACAUUCUUCUCAUAUCCAAACCCAGUUUAAGCAAUCCCACACUCAGACAUCAGUUCAGCCCCAACUCCGAUCCCAGCCAAGAAUUCCAACACAACCUCAGUCACAACCCCAAACAAGGAUCCCAACACAAAUUCAGUCUCAGUCACAAUCAAGAAUCCAGAGGCAAGCACAGUCUCAAUCCCAAGGGAGAAUACCAACACAGAUUCAAAGUCAACCCCAGACCAGGAGCCCAACCCAAUUUCAGACUCAACCCCAGGCAAGGACUCCAACACAAGUUCAGAGUCCUCCACAGACUAGGGUUCCAACCCAACUUCAGAGUCAACAACAGACCAGAACUGCAGCCCCACUUCAGGCUCAGCCCCAGACAAGGAUCCCAACACAAAAUCAGAGUCAACCACAGACCAGGGCUCCAGCUCAACCUCAUCCUCAAUUGCAAUCUGGCCAUCAGGUGCUGCCUCAAACACAUAUGAGACACACCUCACAACAUCAUCUCCCAACUCAGUAUAGAGCCCUACCCAGUCAAUCCCACACCCAAUCUAGGCCACCCGUUUCCCAGUCCCAAACACAACCACAAAGCUUUCAAACCCAGUUGUAUCCCCAGUCCCCUUCUCAGCACACAAGGCUACAUGCGCAGAACCUCUUUUCUCACCGUUCGUCAUCAUCCAGUCAAACCCAGCCCAACCUUGUCCCUGGUCCCCAGAAUCAGAGUGAACAGCCCCAGGACCUGAGCACCACACGGCCUAUUCAAGAAAGCCAGUUUCCAAGAAGAGAGGCCAGCAUGGAGGGCAUCACAAUGGAGAGGAGAGGGGAGCUAGUCCCAACAUCAGGCAGCAGAGAAGUCUUAGGAGGCGAAAGAGGGUCAAACAGCACAUCAAGGCCUUCCAGCUCCUUGCCACCUGGACCUCCUGGAGUAGCAGGGUCCAGCCUUGUGCCUGGAGCAGAUGGUAGGGCUCGACUGAGGGUGGAGCCAGAGGCAGCAGGUGACACUAAGGAGCUGAGAGACAUUGUCCCACAAUCUACCGUUCCCUGUCCCAGCUGUGAUGAAACCGUAGAGUCACGAACUGCCGUCAGUGAAAGAGUCAGCUGAUUGGUUGGUCAGGUGGAAGGCAAGUUGAAUGGCAACUUGAUGGACUGUGUCAACACCAUAUGGAGGGCCAUGGCCGGGCUGUAACACAGAGGUGUAUGGAUUUUACUCGGUUUUCAGACAGAAGCUGGAAGGACUGUCACAGCUUCUACUGUUGGGUUCUGUCUGGAGAUGUUGUAAAGUUGUAGACUGUGCAGCUGGCUUGGCCCUGAAGAACUGCUUGAGAGGGCAAAGAGUAGUGUCUUUUUCUAGAAAAAAACAAACGAAAAGGAAAAAAACAACAAAAAGUGUGUGUGUAUAUAAUCUAAAGGCAGCUGUUGCAUCCUACUAGUCUCCGUAGGGAGGUGGGGAGUAGUUUGGAACUAAAAACCGACGCUUAACAACACAUUACUCUUGAUAAGAUGUUGCUUCCGGAAUAUAACCUUUUUAUUUAGUAGUUGAUUGUUUUGUCUUUGUUAUACAGCUUUAAAAAGUUAUAUUAACAACGGCCCUGACUCUAACAUGGCCCACGUUGACUGGCAGUCCCUUCGUCAAACCAGUCCUCGACUGAAAGUCUAUGGGGUGAUGCUGGGUGGCGGUUUGCACCUUAAAUUGGUUUCUUAGAAAUCUCAUCAUUCAUUUUUUUCAAUGUUUUCCAGGAAACCCAAAGUAAGCUGAUGCUUUCGUUAGUGUUCUGAGUUUUUGCACUUAUUCUUGCCUCUCGCCAUUUUGCCUGAGAUCAAAUGUAGUAAAGUCCUCUUCCAGAUUUUCUCAGACACGCCGUGAAUCUGGAACUAGCUGGAACCCUAACUCUGCAAAGACUGGUUCAGAAGGAUCUGAAAAGCUUGAGGAGUUCAUGGUUCCUCUCAGCUGAUUUAGGAACUAAUGAAUCCGGUUCAUUAGAAAAGCUGCUCAUUGGUGUUUCAACAUUUCCAGUUCAGCCAGUUCUUCCAGGAAAUUUCCUAAACUGGUCUUCAUAAACUUGUUUGUUUCUCUCAUGUUUUGUUUCUAACGUAAGCACUUUUGAUAUCAAACCAAACCCACGCCUACAGUAGCUUUAUUUGAGUUAUUUUAAUAAUGAAUGUGUGGGAAAGGACCCAUUCUUUUUGUGUCUUUAUGUCAGACGUCUGGAACAGUUUGCACAUCUCAACUUUGUACAAUCAACUCCCUGCAUGUCGCUCAGAGACCCUGCAGGCCUUCAACCAGAGCCCGCAUACGCAGAGGCCAACCUGGCUUAGGUUCUUUGUCCAGGUUCAUGUUCAUAACCAGGUUCAUAACCAGGAAAAAUGGUUCAGGUGGGCUCAGAUGUGCAGAUACAGAGAGAACUGAAGUGUGAGAUUUGCAGUUCAGAUCUGAGAGUCACAAUUUGGAGGUGUCAGGAUCUUCUCUGAGCUGCAUUCAUGACAUCUCCAAUGGUUUUAAUAGUUCUGGAGUUUAGUAGAACUUAAAGUGAUGGUAUUGAUCCACAACAUACAAAGCAAAAAAACAAAACAUUAUGGAAUGGACCUGGAAACAGUCCACCAUGUCCUACAAGCUAAUUUUCCCAUUGCUCCUCUUCAUCCCAGUCUCCCUGGCAGGACGGGUACCAGUGCUUGUUUGAUUUUGAAACAGAUUUAUUUUUGAAGUUGAUGACGGAGAGGGUCCAUACACUGAGAUUUCUCUUCACCUUUAAAGCUGAGUUCACACGGUGCAAUGUCUCAGGUGUUGUAGACCAAGCUUGGACAGAAUUAGAAAGAAAUAUAUUCCAGUAAUGUCUAAUCUUUGCUCUGUGGACAUUCAUUGUGACAAUCUGACCAACAGCCAAUUCUUACCACCAAGGACGACCUAUAACACAAAGUGUCAGAACGCUUCAGGAAGCCCAAGCAGCCUGAAGCCUGCAUCUAUGUCUUUUCAGAGUCAGAAUCUUAUAAUUGCAAUGCUGUCUGUCCAUUAAUCGCUGGACUGAUAUCUUUGAUGUUUGUGAAGAUUCUGCUGCAGAAAGACAUUAUUCAGUAAGCGUCUUUUAAAUCUUCCGUCGUUUAGUACACAGUGUUGCACGUUCACAUAUUUGUGGAGUUUUAAAAUCAACACACACAUGACCAACAGGGUUUGGUUUUCAAGACUCCAGAGGACACGAAUCACUGCGAAGAGAGUCUGUCAGAAAUCCUGACAUUGUUUCUAAACUGAGCACGCUCAGAAUGCAUACUGCAUAUGAGAUACUGACUGUAAGGAAUACACAAAAUCCUGAACCAUAGUCUGGAGUUAUGGAAUGUGAGAAUAUAGCAAAUGAGGGAAAAGAUUGUGAAUAUUAUCUCAUCGGAUACCCCGAGUGUGCCUGGGGUCUCCGAUGAGGACUACCAGAAACGUUUCCAGGUAGCAGGGUCUUUUUGUCGACCUUAGCCACCGUCUAAACCAGGGACAGGACUAAGCCACUGUCAGUUCGAUUGCAUGAACCAGAGCCACUCGACUCCACAACAUUCCCGCCUGGAGAACUGCUCUGAUAGGGAUGCAGAACUUAGACUCUCCUGAACAUUCAGGCUGGAGCUCUGCCUGAUUGCGAGUCCUAAAUAUUCCUGGUAUUCUGUCUUAGACAUGUCACAGUUUAAUCCCUUGGACAGCUCAUACUUUCCAUAAAACGUAGAACAGAAACUGCAUUCAGACCACGUAUCAUGGAGAACCCGGAGUGUUUCUGAAUGGUUACACUCUAAAACAUCCGUGGAGUCCUCAGACUCAGUGGGACUGUGGAAGUGUAUCAAGGUUUAAAUGAAUCACAGACUUUCAGAAAAUAAACAGAUGUAUUAUGACACCUGAAACUUCCUGUUAGCACUCUGACUCUCCCACCUGAACUUCCCAGUCUGUCUUGAUUCUGGAUACUUUAAACCUGGUUUGCUGUGAGUGGCGUUCUCACUUUAUGGUAAUAAGGCCUCUACGUACGUGCCGCCACCUGCUCAGAGGAGAGAACCCAUUCGCUGCACGCCACUGCAGAAACGUUCCUCUGUGAUUGGACCCACUCCACCGAACUCGACCCGGCACAAUCUACAGUAACCAGCCACCGUAUUGCAUGUUCCAGAGUUUAGUGCCUAUAUUAAUAAUAAUAAUAAAUAUAUUGUGCGUCUUGCCAGAAGCCACCAUGUCAGCCGAGCCAUGUUGUGUUUCUAGACCUUAGUAGUAAUGUGUGUGGUGACUUCAUAGUUGCUAAUAUUGAGGAUGAAUAUUCUGCUUUUACUCUGGUUGGGAUUCAGUGAAACUCCAGAACACACUGUCGCUGUAGAAAAACUAGUUUUUACCUGUUUUCUUAUUUUUCUUUCUAACUAAAACCAUUUGUUGUCCCUGA